GCGCCGUGCACGUUGUCAUGCCCCGCGGGCCGUGUGUGAGUGCCAAAGUGUAGUGGGGCAGAGGCCCAUACGUUCGAAAAUAGAAAACGGAAAAAUUGACCCCCAGAUGGGAGUGUACGAAGAGAGGGGGGCGAUGCACUGGCAACAGAGUGAGCGGUACCUAUCAUCGGCAUACGAAACAGGGGCCGAGUUGUCGCCAGUGGCGCCUGCAGCCUCGCCAGGUUCCCCUCGUGAUUGUACGUCGUGUCGCAAGAGGGAACCUCCAGACGAACCUCCCCCGCCACCCACGGAAGAAGCCUGCGCUGGCUGCGGAGCGCGCAUCACAGACAGAUACUACCUUCUUGCUUUAGAACGUCGCUGGCACACACCUUGCUUAAGGUGCUGCGAAUGCAAAAUGCCUCUCGACUCCGAGCAGAGGUGUUACGCUCGCGACAGUAAUAUAUUCUGCAAAAACGACUACUUCAGGUUGUAUGGCUCAAAACGUUGUGCGAGGUGCAACACGCCCAUUUCUGCGUCGGAACUGGUGAUGAGAGCUCGUGACUUAGUUUUUCACGUACACUGCUUCUCCUGCGCACUCUGUAGCACACGACUUACCAAGGGUGAUACGUUCGGCAUUCGAAACUCGGCUGUUUAUUGCAGGCUGCAUUACGAAACGAUGCCGGACUACGGUCCCCACAUGGCAGUCCCGGGUCCCCCACAAAUGUGCCCGGGCCCCUACGUGGGGCCACCACCAGGCCCUCACUAUCCCGCGUACCCUUCGCCUGAGUUUGGGCGAGUAGAACCUGAUGUUCCUAAAGGCCCUUUUUUCAACGGGACAUCGGCACCACCACCACGACAAAAAGGUCGACCGAGAAAAAAGAAACCAAAGGACCAAGACAUCAUGUCAGCAAAUCUUGAUCUAAAUGCUGAAUACCUGGAGAUGGGAUUCCGCGGUGGUGGCGCGCUGGGCAGCACCUCGCGCACUAAGAGAAUGCGUACAAGCUUCAAGCAUCACCAGCUUCGCACCAUGAAGUCGUAUUUCGCGAUCAAUCACAACCCAGAUGCAAAGGAUCUGAAACAACUGAGCCAGAAGACAGGCCUUCCGAAAAGGGUGUUACAGGUAUGGUUCCAGAACGCGCGUGCGAAAUGGCGGCGCAUGGUGACGAAGCAGGAAAACAAAAUGGCGGACAAACUGUCUCCGGACGGUUCGUUGGAGAUGGAUAUGUACCACGGACCGCUGGGAUCCAUCCAGUCGCUACCUCCGCACAGUCCUCCUUACAGUGUUAUGGGGGGCCCGCCAAGUCCAAAUUCGAUGGACUGUCCAUAGCCCCAGUUUUGCGCUUUAUGAGCGCUUUGCAAUUGAACGCUCUAAUCGAACGGUGGACGAAUAGAG